AUGGCCGACCUCAACCGUCUGACCAUCACCACAGUGCAUCCGGACGCACGUCCUUCCAUGCAAGGUUCUCAAGGACAGAAGCCACGAAAGCAGAAGAAGAAGUCGGAGCGGGAGCAAGCUGAACUGACGCCAGCCAAACGCUUUCAAGCUGCGCAAGAUCAAAAGCUUCGGGAGAUGCUUCACCGCCAGCAGGCUGGAAAACAAAACCUCCAGCCACGGCAAGCUGGAGAGCAAGCCCCAAACUUGGACGCCGAGAUUCCGGAGGCGGUUGGCUCGAUAAAAGCUGGGCCAUCAAGCUCGGGUGAUGCAGCGCUCAACGAGACGGCUCUCAAGCGCCCGGGCGAUUCACUUUCUCUUGAAGGUGCUGUACGUGCAGAGGAAAGCGCUGCUUCUGCCCAAAAGAUGGUUCGAUUGCCAGCAGCACCCCAAGACAUCGUGCCCAGCAUCGAGGUCGCUGCCUCGGAGGGCCCGAGUCUGAUUGACUGCACCAAAGCUCCGCGCGCCUACACUCGCAUUCUUGGCCUCAAAUUCCCCAUCUGGAAACCGAGCGAUGGCGACAACGUCGACACUGGCAAGGGCGACAUCUACGGCGCGUUAAUGCCUCCACUUGAAGAACGCUGGAAGGUGUUCCAGAGCGACAUCGGACCAUAUGACUGGAAGAUGGGCAACAUUCCUCCCAAGUACACUAGACUUGACGACCAAGGCAAGCAGAUGAUCCACCGACAGAUGAUUCCUCCCGCCGCACUCGUUCUGAAAUCCAACAUACCAGCUCCUCAGAUGGCAUUGCUCUGGCCGCACGACUUUACUCCUGGCUACAUUCGGCGGGCCCGAGCUCACGUUGGACGUCCUUCUAUCGUCAACCCAAAGGCCGAAGGUAGAGCCAAGUACGAAUCCGUUAUUCCGGGAGGAAAAGCGAAGCACAUUCAGCCGUACUUCUUCAUCGGUGGUCCCGAAUUCGAGCCUAUCCACUACCGUCCAAUACCAAAGGCGCCAGACCCCAGCGAGGAAGACCUCUCAGAAGUGGCACGCGAGAAGCGCCGCAUGGACGCUUAUCUCGACUCGAUUGAGGAGCCGAACCGUCGCGCUCACGGUCACAACCAGUAUACCCCGAAAGAUAUGAUGGUGAAGCACGGCGCGCCGUCAGGAGCGAAGCCCGUCGUCAAGAAACAUAACCUUCCGGCCCUCCCAAAGCCAAACCAUCACCUCAAGAGCUUUUACAACCCCAUUCACACAGAAUACCGUCUGGUCGGCGGCAUUGCGGAGAGCGCACGCGAGUCCGUCCGCGAUGAAAAGAAGAAGAAAAUCAAAGAAGCCCUCGCUCAGUCCAGCAUCGAAGACUUGCAGGCAGAGCUGACAUCUCGCAAGCGCCUUUUAGAUUCCGACGGUGAAGACGACAACCACUCUCCGCUCAAGCGCGCCAAGUUGCAACUUCCCGUCCCAGCGCCCCUGGCUAAGCCUGCUGAUAAAGAAAUCGAUCACGUCGUCCGCGAGCACGUCAACAUUCCUCGCACCUUGGGAAUGCUCAAUCGCAUUGACUUGGAAAAACGCAUUGCGCAGCAAGUCUUGGAGAAGAAUCCCAGCAAGCAAGCUCUUGCCGGUGAGCUCGCUCGCGACCAGAUCAAGGUCGAGCAAGGCCGCAAGGAGAUUGAGCUGCUGCGAAAGCAGUUGAAGGAGGCCGAGGCGGCUGCGGGAGAAGAUGAAGAUGAGAAUGGAAUGUUUUAG